CGGCUCGGCGCGGCGAGGGGCGGCGAGGGGCGGAGCUCGCCCGGGCGGAGGAUGCAUUGGUGCAGGAGGUGCGGCGCGCGGUCGGCUGCAGCCCGGCGCCAGUCGCAGCCAGACCCGAGUGGAAGUCACGCGUGGCUCCUCGAGAUGGACGCUUCUAACUUUACGUUGCCGACUAUCGCGGAAAAUACAUCGAUUACAAAUAGUUCUUUAACAUCAUUUGAUAUUUAUCUCGAAAUACUAGCAACACUAUUAAAUACGUAUUACACGCCAUUAUUAGUGUCUUUAGGUUGCAUCGGCAACCUUCUUUCUGUUUUUAUAUUCUUUACGAGUAAGCUUAGAUUUCAAUCGACGAGUUUAUAUCUAUCCGCACUUGCGAUAUCAGAUACAGUGUUUCUGCUGCAACUGGUGCCUCCUUGGUUGACAGCUGUACAAUCAACGGUUAUAUUUCACUUGAAUGGACUCUGUCAAGUAUUUGUGUACGCAAGUUUCGUGUCGUGUCUUCUCAGCGCGUGGCUUGUAGUGGCAUUCACCAUUGAACGUUUUGUCGCUGUUAUGUACCCGCUGCAGAGGAACAGUAUGUGCACAAUGACCCGAGCCAAGCAUAUCGUUGGCCUGUUGGUAUUGGCUGCACUAAUUUUUAACAUCCCGGUACUGCGCUUUGCGUCGCCGGGCACAAAUGACUGUAAUAUCGACUCUGAGUAUGUCGAUCACGCUGCUCGUUUCAACAUUGUAGACACUGCUCUAUCAUUUACAUUGCCCCUCGCCAUUAUAAUAUUCCUUAAUACAUGCAUAAUGGUGGGUGUGUACCGCAUCGAGCGCGUGCGCAGGGCUCUUAUGAAGAUGGAGCAGGAGCAAGGUUCCCUGGGCACGGAGCGGCUGCCACCGCCGUCCGCGCUGCGCUCGCAGCACCGCGUCACGCGCAUGCUUCUCAUCGUGUCUUCGGUGUUCGUGCUGUUGAACCUGCCAGCGUACACCAUGCGAGUGCUGGCCUACGCUUACGGCAUGCGUGCCACAGAGUACACCGGGCGUUGGGCAGCGGUUCAGCAGCUAGCACUGAUGUUUUUUCAUACUAAUUUUGGCAUCAACUUCAUCCUGUACUGCCUCUCGGGGCAGAACUUCCGACGGGCGCUGUGUGCGGCCAUCCCCUGCCUGCGUCGCUUCCUGCGCCGCACCGACGACAUGGCGCUCGUCUCCCUGCAUGCCGGUAGAGCCAGCAGCAUCUCAACAACCCACGACAGUGCAAACACUUUAUCAUCGGGUAGCCGGAACGCUAUCGCCAACAUGGAGGGGCCGCGGCUGCACGUGCGCCGGCACCGCUCCGAGCCGGUGAUCCGGCGCUGGCGCUUCGACAACAGCCGGCAGCUGCGCACGCCGGAGAUCAUCGAGAUGGAAGACAUGCGCUUCACCGCCAGCCACGAGCACGUCAUGGAACGUCGCAUCGACCAGGUGACGCUGCCGCUGCCGCCGCCGCCACCGCCGCCGGCCGCACGACCACGAACGUUCCCGUUCCUCUUUUUCCCGUAUCGCAACUUGAUGAAUCCCCGCUCCAGGAACAGCACUUUGUUCGAUGAUACACCCAGGCCGAGAAAUCGUAAUAACAGCAGCGAUAGCACUUAAAUUACUUAUACCAAGACACAAUUGUGUAACUUACCAAUUGAAAUCAGGUGAUUUGGCUUGUUAGUCACACUUGACGUUUGCAGUUAAAUGGUCAGAACAUUUUUUUCUUCAAGUGUUGCACAAGGAAUCCUUAAUCGCACUUUUGAAGCCGUUCAAACAUUUAUUCAUAGUAAUGUAAUUUAUAAAAUUAUUAGCUACAUGUAUGUAUCAUGGAUAGAUUCACUAGAGAGUAAAUAAUAAUAAUAUGAUGAUGUUGUAUCUUUAGGGUGUAAAGCUCUGAUCUAGAUUGUCGUUCGUCGUCGCCAGCCACUACCCCACUCGGCGCGUAGUGACUGGCGACGGCGGGCUCCGGCUGCUACUGAAUAAGGUUAGUGGUAGAAAAUAUUUUGUGAAUACUAAAUUAAGUUUUUAUCUAUUUUAUAAGUUAAGAUAUCGCGUAAUUAAAAAAACAGUCAUAUUUAACCGCUUUAGCCUAAGUUAUUGGUGUAGUAAAAUCAAACUUAAAACUUAGAAAAUAAAAUGAUAUCGUAGAAUGAUGAGGGUGUAAUCUUAGUCAUUGUCGUAUAGAUUUAUAGAAUUGUAGCUACAUUUUACUUAAUAAUAACAGCUAUUUAUUAUUGAAUGAGAAUAAUGCGACAAUAUCCAUUACUAACAUAACUUUAGAAAAAGACAAAGGAAAGAAAAAAAUUGAGUGACCACGCAUUGAAAUAAUUCCAAAAUGCAAUAAUUUAAAAGUUAGCACCUAAACCGAUAGUAGGUAAUACGCAUAAUAAUAUAUCUAAACCGGACGUAUUGAAAAAUAUUUUUUGAAUAAUUACCUUGGUAUUGAUUUUUAAAUUUAUAGGAAGGUUGGGCCAACUAGGUACAGGGUUAAUGUACUGUGACAAGCUCGUAAAUAUGAAAAACAAAACUGAGAGACUACUGGCCUGCUUGAUCACGUUAGUCGGCAAAGUUAAUUGUAACGUCAUCGGUCAAUUACUUUAUGGUGUCCUCGAAAAUAUUGACUGCCUCGCCAAAAACAUGUAUAAAUAUACUACCACCGAAACAUUUCUAAUGGUUUUAGGUUGAUGGACAUUAUGUAAAUUGUUCCAUAUGAACAAGAUAAGUAAAAACGAUGCAAGAAUUAGUGUGUUAGCCAUUCUUUUUUCUUUAUCUAUAACAGCCAAUUCAAUUCUGCGUACCAAUUCUUGCCUAGAGGGUUAUUUAGGCAGGGAUCGCUGAGUCUAGUUAUAUCUCUUAACUAAAACAGAAAUGCUAAAAAAUGAGCAAGCUACAUGUAACGGUAAAUUAACAAAGCGAUAGGCGAGUUCAACAUUGGUCAAGUCACUUGAAGUAAAAGAACGGGGAUAAAAAUAUUAUAGCAAAGCUUGCAUCACCGAAUCACUUCUAAUCACAUUGAAAAGUUAGUUAAGGCAAAAAUCAGACAAAGCAAUUUCCACCGCAGUACACAAAAGUAGAAAACAGAUUAAGAAGUUUGGCAAUUAAAUUUCAUUGCAUUUUUGGUCACUGACAAAUUAAACAAGUUCUAACGAUAUCAGUUUCUCUUUUCCUGUAAUUUGAUCAUCGACAUCGAAAACUAGUCGGCACUCUUUGUACAGAUUAGGAACUUUAGAAAAUCCUCUGCUUCUCACUCUACAACGGCUAUUCAGUUCAAUGAUUCUGAACAACUCCGGCAAUAGCAUCGUCCUCGACAUGACGUUAAACUGUCGUUCAGUUGUAUUGGGUCGGAGUGUUUUCCAAUACCUCUUCGCCGUUCUGGUUUUAAAUGCCUUGUGUUAAACUAAACAACACAAGGUACUCUGAACCUGACCGAUGUUGUUGGUGGCGGUAAGCACGCUCCAACCAAUACAAUCGAAGCUUUCUUUCUCUAUCGUUUUGUUUCGCUUUCUUUAAUUCUUGCUUCAAGCUUGAUUACGGCGUCUACUGGGUUUCAUGUAGUUUCGGUGUAUAGGUUUUUGUCCCCACUUUGGCUGUGAUUAGUUUAGUUUAGGUCGUUGCUAUGCGCUUCUCUCCAACGCCACUAUAGCGCAGCGGGGAAGGAGUCGGGCUCAGCGGGGAAAGAGUCAGGCUGGCGAUCGCGAGUACUGAGAAACCCAUCCGUGGCACUAUUGUGGUGAGCCCAGGUUUGUGAAAACCUAGGGUUGGCCGGAAUAUAAGUAAUAUUCGUACACAUUGCUUGUAUUCUGCGGAGGAGCGCGUGGCUACCAUAUAACCACCUCUGUUGCGUGUUUUUUAUCUUUCAAUUAGUAUCUUGUGUGACAAGCAAUACGUAUUGUUUAUGGCUGUAACUUUUUCUUCUGCUUAUCCAUGGACCUCAGAUCAUGCCUUACUAGACAUCCUUGGACCUCAGGUCAUGCCUUACUAGACAUAGUACUACCUCAAGCCGUCAAAUGAGCGUCGAAGACACUUUCGAAACAAUCAAACUAACAUUGUGCGCCUCCUCGUUUUCGUCCUUUUUCAAAGGCUAACAUCUGAAUCGAUCAACUUCCAAAUGUUCACUCUUCAACGAACGACAGUAUUUCGUUCACUUCCAAAUUUUGCACUUCCCAGUCAAUAGAAGAACAGAAUAGUUACAGUAAAUACUCAAUUUGGCUUCUUCAAAUCGGUCAGAAAUUUCACGAACACAAUUCAUAAUUCAAUAGUUUUAGGACUCGGCUGGAGUCUUGGUUUCGUUGGAAAGGUAGCAUUUUUUGAUUCUACACUUGUCAAAUUCACAGUUAGUGUCGAGGGGGCGUAAGAUGUGCGGGUGAUUUUUCGUAAAUUUGACCUUUAUUUGUUCAGGCUCUUACCGUAGGCAAUAAACAGAGAUUUAUUUGAAAGCUCUCUAUUUUUUGAUAUUUUAUGAGAACAUUUUCCUCCAGCCAGGAAAUGUUCUCUAUUAUUGGUAGCAAUAAUUAAUAGUAAGAUGACCAAGCGAAACCCCUAUACAAGGUAUCGUUUCGUCGAGGGGUUCUAUACAUCUUCCAAUUAUAUCUGAUAAUAUUGGUUAGUAAGGCUCUCGGAGUGAGAGAGUAAGCGAAGGUUACAUAUUGGAUGGUUCCACCUGAAAGAACAGGAAUCCGGUACAAUUGGGAGGUGUGUAGAGCCCUCCCGUCCUGUAAGGACUAGGUGUUUAAGAUCUUUUACUCUUAGUUAUGAAAAUGGGGACUUAUAUUUGUUAGUAUGUAGCUAAUAGUUAUGUAGACGCCGUAAUUGUGCUUUUCCUAGUAUGAACUAUUAUUUUUGCCACCUUCUAUCGCUUCGUUAUUCGCUUGACGUAUAUACCUGGCUUAUCUUUAUCGACUAUCUAUUUCCUGAAUUUUUAAUUCGACUCUCCUUAUAACUCUCCCUCUCGCUCUAUCUGGGUUUGCAGAAAGACUCAAAAGCAGAUGGAUUAGUCGCUCACUGAGGUAGCAGUGGGCUAGGAAUGGAGUUUCUUCGACGGAUAAAUUCAUCAGAGAAGUUAUCCUUAGAAAAACUCAAGAUACAAAAGUUUACAUUAAGUAGACGAGUAUGAGAUAAGCACACGUUAUAAAAAAAGAUAGGAAGAAUAGGAUAGAUGCGAAGCCCAUGAGGAUAAUAGCACAAACAAAAGUUAUUUAAGGCUGAUGAUGAUGAUACCAGGAGAGCAAGUUACAUGUUUACAUAAAUACUUGUAGGAACAUUUUAACAAAAGGUUAAAAACGGAAUGUGGAAAUGUGAUAGAUUAUUCGGAAAAUCGUGUCAAUCGUCGUGACAAUCGUCCCUUUAAAAAACCUUUCUCUCACACCAUGGUGUCCGUUUUGCGCGUUAUUACGCUAUUAUGAAAUUGAGAUUCAAAAUAAAACAAAUAUAUUAUUUUAACUCGAAUAAAAUGUUUCGUUACAUCAUUAACAAGACGCUUGCAUCGUCCUCGACAUGACGUUAAACUGUCGUUCAGUUGUAUUGGGUCGGAGUGUUUUCCAAUACCUCUUCGCCGUUCUGGUUUUAAAUGCCUUGUGUUAAACUAAACAACACAAGGUACUCUGAACCUGACCGAUGUUGUUGGUGGCGGUAAGCACGCUCCAACCAAUACAAUCGAAGCUUUCUUUCUCUAUCGUUUUGUUUCGCUUUCUUUAAUUCUUGCUUCAAGCUUGAUUACGGCGUCUACUGGGUUUCAUGUAGUUUCGGUGUAUAGGUUUUUGUCCCCACUUUGGCUGUGAUUAGUUUAGUUUAGGUCGUUGCUAUGCGCUUCUCUCCAACGCCACUAUAGCGCAGCGGGGAAGGAGUCGGGCUCAGCGGGGAAAGAGUCAGGCUGGCGAUCGCGAGUACUGAGAAACCCAUCCGUGGCACUAUUGUGGUGAGCCCAGGUUUGUGAAAACCUAGGGUUGGCCGGAAUAUAAGUAAUAUUCGUACACAUUGCUUGUAUUCUGCGGAGGAGCGCGUGGCUACCAUAUUAACACCUCUGUUGCGUGUUUUUUAUCUUUCAAUUAGUAUCUUGGGUGACAAGCAAUACGUAUUGUUUACGGCUGUAACGUUUUCUUCUGCUUAUCCUUGGACCUCAGGUCAUGCCUUACUAGACAUCCUUGGACCUCAGGUCAUGCCUUACUAGACAUAGUACUACUACCUCAAGCCGUCAAAUAAGCGUCGAAGACACGUUCGAAACAAUCAAACUAACAUUGUGCGCCUCCUCGUUUUCGUCCUUUUUCAAAGGCUAUCAUCAGAAUCGAGCAACUUCCAAAUGUUCACUCUUCAACGAACGACAGUAUUUCGUUCACUUCCAAAUUUUGCACUUCCCAGUCAAUAGAAGAACAGAAUAGUUACAGUAAAUACUCAAUUUGGCUUCUUCAAAUCGGUCAGAAAUUUCACGAACACAAUUCAUAAUUCAAUAGUUUUAGGACUCGGCUGGAGUCUUGGUUUCGUUGGAAAGGUAGCAUUUUUUGAUUCUACACUUGUCAAAUUCACAGUUAGUGUCGAGGGGGCGUAAGAUGUGCGGGUGAUUUUUCGUAAAUUUGACCUUUAUUUGUUCAGGCUCUUACCGUAGGCAAUAAACAGAGAUUUAUUUGAAAGCUCUCUAUUUUUUGAUAUUUUAUGAGAACAUUUUCCUCCAGCCAGGAAAUGUUCUCUAUUAUUGGUAGCAAUAAUUAAUAGUAAGAUGACCAAGCGAAACCCCUAUACAAGGUAUCGUUUCGUCGAGGGGUUCUAUACAUCUUCCAAUUAUAUCUGAUAAUAUUGGUUAGUAAGGCUCUCGGAGUGAGAGAGUAAGCGAAGGUUACAUAUUGGAUGGUUCCACCUGAAAGAACAGGAAUCCGGUACAAUUGGGAGGUGUGUAGAGCCCUCCCGUCCUGUAAGGACUAGGUGUUUAAGAUCUUUUACUCUUAGUUAUGAAAAUGGGGACUUAUAUUUGUUAGUAUGUAGCUAAUAGUUAUGUAGACGCCGUAAUUGUGCUUUUCCUAGUAUGAACUAUUAUUUUUGCCACCUUCUAUCGCUUCGUUAUUCGCUUGACGUAUAUACCUGGCUUAUCUUUAUCGACUAUCUAUUUCCUGAAUUUUUAAUUCGACUCUCCUUAUAACUCUCCCUCUCGCUCUAUCUGGGUUUGCAGAAAGACUCAAAAGCAGAUGGAUUAGUCGCUCACUGAGGUAGCAGUGGGCUAGGAAUGGAGUUUCUUCGACGGAUAAAUUCAUCAGAGAAGUUAUCCUUAGAAAAACUCAAGAUACAAAAGUUUACAUUAAGUAGACGAGUAUGAGAUAAGCACACGUUAUAAAAAAAGAUAGGAAGAAUAGGAUAGAUGCGAAGCCCAUGAGGAUAAUAGCACAAACAAAAGUUAUUUAAGGCUGAUGAUGAUGAUACCAGGAGAGCAAGUUACAUGUUUACAUAAAUACUUGUAGGAACAUUUUAACAAAAGGUUAAAAACGGAAUGUGGAAAUGUGAUAGAUUAUUCGGAAAAUCGUGUCAAUCGUCGUGACAAUCGUCCCUUUAAAAAACCUUUCUCUCACACCAUGGUGUCCGUUUUGCGCGUUAUUACGCUAUUAUGAAAUUGAGAUUCAAAAUAAAACAAAUAUAUUAUUUUAACUCGAAUAAAAUGUUUCGUUACAUCAUUAACAAGACGCUUGCAUCGUCCUCGACAUGACGUUAAACUGUCGUUCAGUUGUAUUGGGUCGGAGUGUUUUCCAAUACCUCUUCGCCGUUCUGGUUUUAAAUGCCUUGUGUUAAACUAAACAACACAAGGUACUCUGAACCUGACCGAUGUUGUUGGUGGCGGUAAGCACGCUCCAACCAAUACAAUCGAAGCUUUCUUUCUCUAUCGUUUUGUUUCGCUUUCUUUAAUUCUUGCUUCAAGCUUGAUUACGGCGUCUACUGGGUUUCAUGUAGUUUCGGUGUAUAGGUUUUUGUCCCCACUUUGGCUGUGAUUAGUUUAGUUUAGGUCGUUGCUAUGCGCUUCUCUCCAACGCCACUAUAGCGCAGCGGGGAAGGAGUCGGGCUCAGCGGGGAAAGAGUCAGGCUGGCGAUCGCGAGUACUGAGAAACCCAUCCGUGGCACUAUUGUGGUGAGCCCAGGUUUGUGAAAACCUAGGGUUGGCCGGAAUAUAAGUAAUAUUCGUACACAUUGCUUGUAUUCUGCGGAGGAGCGCGUGGCUACCAUAUUAACACCUCUGUUGCGUGUUUUUUAUCUUUCAAUUAGUAUCUUGGGUGACAAGCAAUACGUAUUGUUUACGGCUGUAACGUUUUCUUCUGCUUAUCCUUGGACCUCAGGUCAUGCCUUACUAGACAUCCUUGGACCUCAGGUCAUGCCUUACUAGA